AUGAUAUCUGAAGAAUUUUCUCAACCACUACGGACACCCCGCUUCCUCGCAGACGUCUUUACUUGCUAGAGGUUAAUAGACGGGAGCUGUUGUAGUUUAGUUAGCCGCUAACAUCUACAAGCUAGCUAGCGUGUGUGUUUGUUGAUGCUUACAUCGUGUUCACGCUCGUUAACGUGGCUUUCCCGUGUUACUAGGUGUCGGUGAGAUUAGCUCGAGUACAUUCCGUGACUGUGACUUGGCAACACGUCCAACAUGGCUCGAGACUGGAAACCUGGUGAUCUGAUUUUUGCCAAGAUGAAGGGUUACCCGCACUGGCCUGCAAGAAUCGAUGAAGUCCCAGAUGGUGCCGUGAAGCCAUCCAACAUCAAGUUUCCCAUUUUCUUCUUCGGCACCCAUGAAACGGCGUUUCUUGGCCCAAAGGAUAUCUUUCCGUACCAGCCUAACAAAGAGAAGUACGCCAAGCCCAACAAGAGGAAAGGAUUCAACGAAGGACUGUGGGAAAUCGAGAACAACCCAAAAGUCGAGCUUACUGCACCCAAGCCGGUCGCCCCUGAGUCUUUCACUGAAAAGGAUUCAGACAGCAGUCCAGAAGGAGAAGAGGAUGCAGAUGACAAGGGGAUGAAAUCCAAAGUUCCAGGAAAUGAGGCUGAGCAGGAGAAUGAGAAUGAGGAGGAGGAGGAGGAGGAAGGGUCUCUGAUCUCUGAGCAGGGUCCACAGAACCAGGAUGGCUCUGCUCAGAAAGAAUCAGCAGAUGUUCCUAAACCCAAGAGAGGAAGAAAGAAAAAGACCGAUGGGGACCAGGAGAAUCAAAAAGAUGACGCACCAGCAAGUCCCGUCAGUCCUUCAGGUGGAGAUGGUCCGAAACGAAGAGGCAGGAAACCCAAAAGUGAGAAGCUGCUUUUGCUUCAGCAGCAGGACCAUCAAGGCUCUGGAAAUGAAAUGGACGCUGGUGAGUUGGACAAAAAGAGAAAGCGGGCAGCAGAGGACAAGAUCCAAAUUGGAGAGGAGGAAAAGAGAAAGAAGAAAGAGGACAGCAAAGGAAAGGAUGCAGAGAUGAAGGAGCCGGAAACUAAGAAGAAGAAACAGUCCAAGGAUGACACUUCUUCUGGCUCUGACGAUGAAGAGAAAAACAAAGGCAGAAAAAAGCAGCAAAACUCAGAACUGGAUAAAGAUGUGCGACGGCGGAAAGCAGAUGAAUUGAGAGAACCAAACAAAGAUGAUGGAAAGAAAAAUGAAGAGAAGACAGGAGCCAAGAAAAAAGAAAUGCCCACUGACUUGAAACUCCAGCGACUCCACAGUGAAAUCAAAGUUUCACUGAAAAUUGACAACCCUGACGUGAAGAAGUGCUUGGACGCAUUAGACGAGAUUGGCGCCCUUCAGGUCACGACCCAGCACCUGCAGAAACACAGCGAGCUCAUUGCGACGCUCAAAAAGAUCCGCAGAUUCAAGGCCAGCCAGGACGUCAUGGACAAGGCCACCAUGCUGUACAACAAGUUUAAGAGCAUGUUUCUGGUCGGGGAAGGGGACUGUGUGCUCAGCCAGGUGCUCAACAAGUCUUUAGCUGAACAACGGCAGCACGAAGAAGCGAAGAAAGGAGCGCUGAAGAGAGUCGAGCAAGCCAAAGAAAACAACACAGACAAGGUGACAAAUGGUGAUAUCAGCCCCGAAGAAAACAAGCAGGAGACGGAGAGAGAGAAGCCUCCUGAGGAUGCCUCAGCAGAAGAAAAUCACAGUGCCCCGAAAGAUCAGGAGGAGUCCACUUGAGUGUCCUACAUGGCUGAAGAAAAGAGAAUUGCUGCUGUACUAAAACAUACCUUUGUAAAAACUGGCCUGACCAACUGGGAUCUCCUGUCCAGUUCACUUGGAUGACUGAUGACGAUCAUUCAUUUCCAGUUUACUGACCAUGCUGCUGCUCAAACGUUUCAGUACAUCAGCCUGCCCUCCUAAGAUAAUGACUGACUGCAUAUUCUAUUUUUGUACUUUGUGUAAUCGCUAACUUUCAGACACCUUAUGUUGCAUAGUAACAACAGUGUAGAGUAAGAGUUUGUAAAUCUGCAGCACUGAACGUAGACCUAGAUGAGGCGGUGUUAGUGCCAUCUGGUCCCAACUGGUGUAGAAGGUUUUGAUCCUGCUCUGAUUUCUAACACGUUUAAACUGACAUUUGCUGAAUCAACAGCCUCCUGUACAGAUGGUCUAAAGCACACAUGAUUAUCUGUAGAGAGAAGCACCAUUAAAAUGUGUAAUAGCUGCGUUAACACUCUCUAAGGCAUGUUUCAUGGAUGUUACCUUCACAUGCACCAACAGAAAACUGUGGAGUUUGCCAAAGUUUCUUCUGCCAGGAAAAUGCUUUAUUUUCAACCAAGUUCAAGUGUCUGUUUUAAGGUUUCUUUUUAACAUAGAUGUAAAUAAGAGUAUUUUUGUGCCUGUCUGAAGACCUGUUUCAACAUCCAGUAAUAAAGUGGUAGCUAUAGUGCA